UAUAGCAACGUGUUCAGUUCGUUUCGGUUAAAAGUUCCUCGAUUUGUUAGUUCAUCAGCAUGCGUUUAUUUGCCUUGAUUUUGGGGCUGCUAUUUAGCUUGGGAUGCUCAAAUGGUUACAAGUUCCUAAUGAUCUUAAACUCGGCUGGCCGUUCGCAUUUUAAUGUGGGUCAUGCCUUGGCCAAGUGAUUGGUAAAUUCUGGACAUGAGAUUACUGUAGUUUCCGUAUUCCCACUGAAGAAACCCUUACCUGGUUAUCAAGACGUAAAUGUGCCAAAUGUGAUAAAAGUAAUGGGGGGAGACAUUGCUGCCUUGUGGGAAUCUAACAAAAAAACUCUAGUUAAGAAUCUCAUUGAUCACUAUCAAAUGGGUUUCCGAAUUACAAGAGGACUUUUCGAGGAUCCCAAUUUUCAGGAUUUUUUGAAGAGCAACCAAAGUUAUGAUGCAGUCAUAUGCGAGACGUUUUAUAAUGAUGCUCAGUAUGGCUUAGCAGAACAUUUCAAUGCCCCACUCAUUGGAUUGAGCACUGGUGGAGGUCUAACCUUUAUUUCAGAUAUGGUUGGCUCUCCAGCUCCAGCUUCGUUUGUUCCCCACAUUAUGUUGCCCUUCAAUGAUCACAUGUCGCUCUACGAACGCCUUCUUAACGUGGCUUUUUUGGCUUAUGAGCGAUUAUUACUUGACUAUUACUAUUUACCGGGGCAGGAGCAACUCUACAAGGAGUUCCUUCCGGGAAACAAAAGGUGUUUUUACGAGAUGCGCAGGAACGCCUCACUGGUGCUUAUCAAUCAGCAUGUCUCGCUGAGUUUCCCACGGCCUUACUCGCCCAACAUGAUUGAAGUGGGUGGAAUGCAUAUCGAUGGCAAGCUUAGCCCGCUUCCCGGGAAGAUCGAAAAAUUUAUCAAUGAGUCAGAGCAUGGAGCUAUUUACUUCUCCAUGGGUUCGAAUCUCAAGAGCAAGGACUUACCGCCAGAAAAAAUUCAAGAGAUCCUUGGAGCAUUCCGUGGACUAAAACAGCGGGUUCUGUGGAAAUUCGAGCUGAAUGAUUUGCCAAACAAACCCGAAAAUGUCUACAUCUCCGACUGGUUUCCACAAACUGAUAUUCUAGCGCAUCCGAAGGUCUUGGCUUUUGUGACCCACGGAGGAAUGCUGAGCACCACUGAGUCCAUUUAUCAUGGCAAGCCAGUCAUCGGAUUGCCCAUCUUCAGCGACCAGUUCUUCAAUAUGGCUCAUGCCGAGCAAACUGGCUAUGGCAUUAUGUUAGACUUUAAGUCGCUGAACUCUAAGGAUUUCCGUGAAGCCAUCGAAAGGAUCACCAGUGAGCCCUCCUACACGAAAGUGGUGCAGGGCAUGUCCUUCCGGUAUCGGGAUCAGCAACAGACGCCCCUGGAAAAAGCCAUCUACUGGGUGGAGCAUGUGACCCGCCAUCAAGGAGCUGCCUAUUUGCAGAGUGCGGCUCAAAGACUGAAUUGGUGGCAAUACCACAAUGUGGAUGUGCUUUUAAUCAUUUUUGGGUUUGCUAUGUUCAUUUUAAUUGUGAGUCCUCUUGCUAUUUUUAAGCUGCUUAAGAAAUUCUUAUCUGAGGAGAAGAAAACACAGGGCAGGAAAGUUAAGCGUAACUAGAUAUGCACCUCUCUAUUUUUAAACGGGACAAUUAAUGUACCUAUUAAUUUAAAUUUAAUGAAUAAAGUUGUAAGUAGUAAUACAGAUAUAUUUCAAAAUGAUUUUUUGACCUAUAAGUCUUUACAUUUCCACCUUGGACUUUACGGAAAAAUAAUCUCUGCAUAUUAAGUUCAUUCAAUGCAUUUAAUUAUCAUUAACAAACAGAUUUAAUUGCCAAACAUUUUGAUUUCUGCUACUAUGUGGAAAUUUCUGCCACAGUUUCGAUUUCCAUUGUCCCACUUCCAUUUGCAAAGCCAAAAUCAAAUUGGUGCCUAACAGCAUGCUGCACAAAAUUGUUUUCAUCUUUUCCACCCAUCGCACAAACAAUUGCUAACUCGCAGCGAAAAGUUGAGAUGUAUUUUCAUGGCCUGCCAAAAAUACAUUUGGCUUUCCUAUUAUUGGCCGUUUUAUCAAUGCACACACGUGCCCGCCGCUGAUUGAUUUUGCUGGGAAACGAGGGAAAAAUAUAAGCCAAACGUAAAUGACAAAACAAAAUUGGAAAAGUAGAAGAUGGGGUACCCAAAUUUAAAUAGGCACUCUAGCAUUAAAUUAAGCAGCAACAACUUAGUUCGCGGAAAUUCAGUCAGAAGGAGUAAGAGCCAAAUAGAAAAAAAACAAGAAGAGAGUCACUGUAGCAUCCGCCCACGUCUAUGCCCAAAAAAAAAAGAAAAGGGAACCGCUCCGAGGUGCAAAACGGCUAAAAUGAAGGAAAUGAAAUGCCAAAUAAAAAAGAAUUUCUUCUAGCGCAACACUCACACCAGGC